CUCACACACUCGGGGAGCGGGAGCGCGGCGCGGACGCGAAGCCGCCGGGGCUGCUGUGCCCAAAGCCAGCCGGAGCCGAGCCUGAACCGCAGCGCCAGCCAGAGCCGUGCCGUGCCGAGCCGCAGCCCGGGCCGGGGCCGGUGGCGGCUCAUGGACUGCAGGGCCCGCGGCCUGCGCUGCCCAGAGGCGGCCCUCCUGAUUCUGGAGUCUGCCCGGAUGGGGUCCCUGAGGCGCAGCCCAGGCCCCGGGGGGCAACGGUUGCUGCUGCCCGCCUUGCUGCUGGCACUUCUGCUGCUGCUGGCUCCAUCCCCAGGCCACGCCACUCGGGUGGUGUACAAGGUGCCAGAGGAACAACCACCCAACACCCUCAUUGGGAGCCUCGCGGCCGAUUAUGGUUUUCCAGACGUGGGCCACCUAUACAAACUAGAAGUAGGCGCCCCGUACCUGCGGGUGGAUGGCAAGACGGGCGACAUCUUUACCACGGAGACCUCUAUCGACCGCGAGGGGCUCCGUGAAUGCCAGAACCAGCUCCCUGGUGAGCCCUGCAUCCUGGAGUUUGAGGUGUCUAUCACGGACCUCGUGCAGAAUGGCAGCCCCCGGCUGCUAGAGGGCCAGAUAGAGGUCCAGGACAUCAAUGACAACACGCCCAACUUCGCCUCACCAGUCAUCACACUGCCCAUCCCCGAGAACACCAACAUUGACUCACUCUUCCCCAUCCCCGUGGCUUCGGACCGCGAUGUUGGCCCCAACGGUGUGGCAUCCUAUGAGCUGCAGGUGGGGCCCGAGGCCCAGGAGCUAUUUAGGCUGCAGGUGGCAGAGGACCAGGACGGAAAGCAGCCGCAGCUCAUCGUGAUGGGCAACCUGGACCGGGAGCGCCUGGACUCUUACGACCUCACUAUCAAGGUGCAGGAUGGUGGCAACCCCCCACGCGCCAGCAGCGCCCUGCUGCGAGUCACUGUGCUCGACACCAAUGACAAUGCCCCCAAGUUCGAGCGGCCGUCCUACGAGGCUGAGCUGUCUGAGAACAGCCCCAUAGGACACUCAGUCGUCCAGGUGAAGGCCAAUGACUCCGACCAAGGUGCCAACGCAGAGAUUGACUACACAUUCCACCAGGCACCCGAAGUUGUGAGGCGUCUUCUGAGACUGGACAGGAACACGGGACUUAUCACCGUGCAGGGCCCCGUGGACCGCGAGGACCUAAGCACCCUGCGCUUCUCGGUGCUUGCCAAGGACCGAGGCACCAACCCCAAGAGUGCCCGAGCCCAAGUGGUGGUGACCGUGAAGGACAUGAACGACAAUGCCCCCACCAUUGAGAUCCGGGGCAUAGGGCUGGUGACUCAUCAAGACGGGAUGGCUAACAUCUCAGAGGACGUGGCAGAAGAGACAGCUGUGGCCCUGGUGCAGGUAUCUGACCGAGACGAGGGAGAAAAUGCAGCUGUCACCUGUGUGGUGGCAGGUGAUGUGCCCUUCCAGCUCCGCCAGGCCAGUGAGACGGGAAGUGACAGCAAGAAGAAGUACUUCCUGCAGACCACCACCCCACUCGACUAUGAGAAGGUCAAAGACUACACCAUUGAGAUUGUGGCCGUGGACUCUGGCAAUCCCCCACUCUCGAGCACCAACUCUCUCAAGGUGCAGGUGGUGGAUGUCAAUGACAAUGCACCUGUCUUCACCCAGAGCGUCACUGAGGUCGCCUUCCCAGAAAACAACAAGCCAGGUGAAGUGGUCGCUGAGGUCACUGCCAGUGAUGCCGACUCGGGCUCCAAUGCUGAGCUGGUUUACUCUCUGGAGCCUGAGCCGGCUGCCAAGGGCCUCUUCACCAUCUCACCUGAGACUGGAGAGAUCCGGGUGAAGACAUCCCUUGAUAGGGAACAGAGGGAAAGCUACGAGUUGAAGGUGGUGGCAACCGACCGGGGCAGCCCCAGCCUCCAAGGCACAGCCACCGUCCUUGUCAACGUGCUGGACUGCAAUGACAAUGACCCCAAGUUUAUGCUGAGUGGCUACAACUUCUCAGUGAUGGAGAACAUGCCGGCGCUGAGUCCAGUGGGCAUGGUGACGGUCAUUGAUGGGGACAAGGGGGAGAACGCCCGGGUGCAGCUCACGGUGGAGCAGGACAAUGGUGAUUUUGUUAUCCAGAACGGCACGGGCACCAUCCUCUCCAGCCUGAGCUUCGAUCGGGAGCAGCAAAGCACCUAUACCUUCCAGCUGAAGGCCGUGGACGGCGGCGUCCCACCUCGCUCGGCUUACGUUGGUGUCACCAUCAACGUGCUGGAUGAGAAUGACAAUGCACCCUUUAUCACCGCCCCUUCCAACACCUCCCACCGGCUGCUGACCCCCCAGACCCGUCUGGGUGAGACGGUCAGCCAGGUGACAGCUGAGGACAUUGACUCUGGUGUCAACGCUGAGCUGACCUACAGCAUCGCCGGUGGCAACCCUUACGGACUCUUCCAGAUUGGGUCACAUUCUGGUGCCAUCACCCUGGAAAAGGAGAUUGAGCGGCGCCACCACGGGCUGCACCGCUUAGUGGUGAAGGUCAGUGACCGCGGCAAGCCCCCUCGCUACGGCACAGCCUUGGUCCACUUGUAUGUCAAUGACACCCUGGCCAACCGCACCCUGCUGGAGACCCUGCUGGGCCACAGCCUGGACACACCGCUGGACAUCGACAUUGCUGGGGAUCCGGAAUACGAGCGCUCCAAGCAGCGCGGCAACAUCCUGUUUGGCGUGGUGGCGGGUGUCGUGGCCGUGGCCUUGCUUAUCGCCCUGGCCGUGCUCGUGCGCUACUGCCGGCAACGGGAGGCCAAGAGUGGCUACCAGGCUGGCAAGAAGGAGACCAAGGACCUGUAUGCCCCCAAGCCCAGCAGCAAAGUUUCCAAGGGAAACAAAAGCAAGGGCAAGAAGAGCAAGUCUCCCAAGCCCGUGAAGCCGGUGGAGGACGAGGAUGAGGCCGGGCUGCAGAAAUCCCUCAAGUUCAACCUGAUGAGCGAUGCCCCUGGGGACAGCCCCCGCAUCCACCUGCCCCUCAACUACCCACCAGGCAGCCCUGACCUUGGCCGCCACUAUCGCUCUAACUCCCCACUGCCUUCCAUCCAGCUACAGCCCCAGUCACCCUCCGCCUCCAAGAAGCACCAGGUGGUGCAGGACCUGCCACCAGCCAACACUUUCGUAGGCACUGGGGACACAACAUCCACGGGCUCUGAGCAGUACUCCGACUACAGCUACCGCACCAACCCCCCCAAAUACCCCAGCAAGCAGUUACCUCACCGCCGCGUCACCUUCUCCGCCACCAGCCAGGCGCAGGAGCUGCAGGACCCGUCCCAGCACAGUUACUACGACAGUGGCCUGGAGGAGUCUGAGACGCCGUCCAGCAAGUCAUCCUCGGGGCCCCGACUCGGUCCCCUGGCUCUGCCUGAGGAUCACUAUGAGCGCACCACCCCCGAUGGCAGCAUAGGAGAGAUGGAGCACCCCGAGAACGACCUGCGCCCUUUGCCUGACGUCGCCAUGACGGGCACAUGUACCCGGGAGUGCAGUGAGUUUGGCCACUCCGACACGUGCUGGAUGCCUGGCCAGUCGUCUCCCAGCCGCCGGACCAAGAGCAGCGCCCUCAAACUCUCCACCUUCGUGCCUUACCAGGACCGAGGAGGGCAGGAGCCUGCGGGCGCCGGCAGCCCCAGCCCCCCGGAAGACCGGAACACCAAAACGGCCCCCGUGCGCCUCCUGCCCUCCUACAGUGCCUUCUCCCACAGUAGCCAUGAUUCCUGCAAGGACUCGGCCACCUUGGAGGAAAUCCCCCUGACCCAGACCUCGGACUUCCCACCUGCAGCCACACCGGCAUCUGCCCAGACGGCCAAGCGCGAGAUCUACCUGUGAGCCCCCUUCUGGCUGGCUGGCCAUCCCUUCCCCAGCCACCGGCCAGCUCCCAGGCGGGCCCAUGCCAGGGCCCCUGCUCCUGACCCCUCCAGCGUGGACUUCCUGGCCAGGGCCCUGAGUGGGGGGGUUACUGGCCUCAUGACCACGCUGGCCCUUCCCCCAUGCAGGGUCCAGGUCUUCUUCCCUCACUUCAGCCCCCAAACCCUAGGGAGCCCCCUCUUCCCCUUUAUGGGGCUCCCCCCAGCUGAUGCCCAAGAGGGCUCCUCUACAAUGACUAGGCUCCGGUCCCUCAACUUCCAGGGAUCACCCCCUCACUUUGGGCAGAUGGUAGAGUCAAGGGUGGGCAGCACACUUUUAACUCAUUGUGUCCCGCAUGGCCAACCAGGGCGGGCAUAGGAUGCCCCCAUUCCCGCCCUGCAGCAGGGCUGAACUGGGGAGCCCCUCUCCCUGGGAACUCCCAGAGGAAACUCUUGACCGCCAGGGGCUCCCUGAAGGGCUGUUGUUACCAAAGGUGGGGUGGGAUGGCGGUGGGAGUGGGGCAGAGGCCUUGUCUUCCUAUACUGCUCCUGGGCUGGCCCACCUGCCUGCCGCAUGCCCAUGCCUGGUCCCAUCCGGGCCCCCCGCUUCCCACUGGUCAUGCAGUGUCUGUAUAUAAGGACCUUGGAAUGAUGUCCCCAUUUCUGCCUGAUUUGCAACUUUUCUUGUUGAUGUUGUGUUGUCUCGGGGGACCCCUCUGGGGGGGGACCUGCCCUGCACCCCCUCCUCCCUGCCGCAGUGCCCCCCACCCCAGGCCUCUAUUGUUCCAUGUUGUAAAUACCCCUGGGGCUG